AAUGUCAAGAUUGUGAAUGAAAUGUCACAAUUACCUAUAUCUAUAGAACAUUUUUCAAUUACAAAAUUAUUCAGUUACAAAUCCCGAUAAAAUCUAUGUUAAAUUCAAACCAAUCCUAAUAUAAAAAGUCGAAAUGUUUGAACGGCUUGAAGAUGAGGAGGACAAUGACGAAUCCGAAGAUUCUGAAGAAUAUAUUAAGCCCCCAAGAUUGAUUGCUAUCAUCGGCGAUGAAGACACUUGCGUUGGAUUCGUGCUCGCUGGUAUUGGAGAGGUAGACGAAUUUGAAAAUCCGAAUUACUUUAUAGUGGACCAAAAAACCAAUGAAUACACCUUGGAGAAGAUCUUCAAUAAUUUUACUCACCGAGAAGAUAUCGGUUUGAUUCUGAUCACUAAAGAAGCCGCAGAUAAAAUUAGUACGGUAGUUAAGCACUACAAAUCUGUGGACCCUGCUGUUUUGGUUAUCCCAGGACAUAAUGGGCCCUACGAAAUACAGCUACCUCCAGGCGUUCAGGAAAUAGAAGAUAGGAGAGAAGCCCAGCGUAGCAGACGUGGCAGCCUAGGAUCCGUGGCAUCCUUGGCUUCGUUAAAAACCCUCGCGUCGCACCACAGCAGCGUCCAUACUAUAAAAAGUUCAAAAUUAGAUACAAACUUGAAUAAAAAAUAAGAACCAAAAUUUCUAAAAAUUACACAUUUGGCAAAUGUAAUACAUUCAAAUAAAUUGUACGGAUUACAUUCAAUACACUAUACUUUAUCAUUU